AUGGAGUCGUCGGCUUCUGCUGCUGCUGCUGCUGCUCCUCCUCAGCCGUCCUUGGUGACCACGACUCUUCUCGCCGUGGCCAUUGUCUUCCCGAUCCUGGGCACCAUCGCCGUUGGGCUGCGGUGCUACACGCGAAUCAUCAAGAAGCAGAAGCUGUCGAGCGAUGACUGGGUUUGCGUCCUGGCCCAGGUGGCAGCGUGGGGAAUCUCCAUCGACAUCUUCGUGGCCGGGGGGCUGGCAGGGGUAGACUACACGUACUCGACUCUGGAUCCCCUCAGUGCGGCCGUCAUUUUCCUUCGUGUAAGUCUUUCUCAUGCUCUCGUCUUUGUCAAGAUUGCCAUUCUGCUCUUUUACUCGCGCAUCUUCACCACCUCCAAGUUCAAGUUGGCCGUGCGAAUCUACGCCGGCAUCCUGUCCGCAUGGUGCGUUGCCAUGAUUGUCUGCCAACUCCUCGCAGCCAACCCCAUCGACGCCGCCUGGAACCCCCUGGCCACCAACCCCCUGCGCUACAACUACAAUGACUUCUCGCUCGCCUUCGCAGGCAUGAGCAUCGUCUUCGACGUCAUCGUCCUCCUGUUCCCCAUCCCCGUCAUCCGCAAGCUGCAGAUGGACCGCGCGCGCAAGCUGCAGGUCCUCGGCAUCUUCUGGCUCGGCCUCUUCUGCUGCAUCUCGUCCGCCGUGCGCUUCUACUACCUCUACUCGGAAAUCAGCCGCACCAUUGCCGCCACCGGGUCGGACCGCUACCUCAACAUGUCGGCCGCCUUCAUCUGGGGCACCAUUGAGCCAAACACCAGCAUCGUCGCCGCCUGCCUGCCGUGCUAUGCGCCGCUGUUU